AUGCGCGGGCGGGGUGAGCUCCCCAAGGCGAGGUCAAUUCUUAUCAUGGACAACCUGCACGCGCAGACCACGGACGAGUUCAACGAGUAUCUUGCGAAGCACUGCAACACUCUCGCCUGGAGCCGGACGAUUCUCAAGGUGGAAGUCGGGAGGCAGAUGGACAUAUGGCUCGAGCAGUCGGACAACCUCGAGAGGUGGGAAACCGCGUCGCUGACAGCUUCUAAUCGGCGCGUCCUGAUCACCCAGUGGAUGGGAGCGGCUAUGGCAAGACUCAACAUCCAACAGGCGUACCGAUACCGUCUUUUCGAAAAGUGCGGGAUGGCCAUGACCGUGGACGGCUCGGGCGAUGAUCGAAUCACCUUGGAGGGUUUGGACAAGCCGUAUACCUUUGCUGAUGGUGAAGACAGUAGCGACGACGAACAAGGUUCGGAGAACGGCAACGAUGAGCCUGAGGGGCGGGCGGAGGAGGGCGAUGGAGGACGUGAGACGCUCAUGGAGGGCGUUGACUCCAGCGAUGAANGGGCGAUGAUCGAAUCACCUUGGAGGGUUUGGACAAGCCGUAUACCUUUGCUGAUGGUGAAGACAGUAGCGACGACGAACAAGGUUCGGAGAACGGCAACGAUGAGCCUGAGGGGCGGGCGGAGGAGGGCGAUGGAGGACGUGAGACGCUCAUAG